UGCAGACGACUUUGUGGACAGAUUCUAUGAUCAGAAUGCUGCUACGAAAACCCUUUCAUAACCGCAAGUUCUCGGUCAGUGAUUGGAGACAUCCACCGGCUGUCCAGAAGGAUGAGCACCAUCGACGUACCAAGACCGUUAGCCGUCAUCUGCACUCUGUUUCGACUGAAGUCAAUAGAACACAUGCUGGAUAACCCUCUUUUUCACGCGAUUCGAGCUUGGACGGACGUCUGUGAUAUCUCAGAGAACGAGAGUUUUGAUGGACACAGGAAGGUCAUCGUGGAGCAUACCUUGCAUAUCCUACUUUUGCCUGGCAUCCAUUGUGAGGGCCCAACUUCCCAUAUGAUCCCCUCCUCGGACCUAGUCAGCGUCCCUCAAACCCCAAUCAUGCCGACGCCAACGCAACCGUUUGUGAUACCAUCUGUUCCUAUACCUGGAACGUCCAUCUCAGUACCUUCGCCAUUGCACAGUCAACUCCGUAUCAUCACCCGCCUCACUUUUAACGAGCAAGGUCUCAUUACCCACCAUCGAGAUAUCUGGGAUGUCAAGGACGUCAUGGGUUUGGUUCCAGGCGUAUCAUUGGCACAAUGGAUCGGCACCCGACUGGCAGCCAACGGCUUGUCCUACCUUUCACGCUUCUUGCCUAGCCGCCGUUGGUCAAAGCAGAGCGAACGUUCCUCUCCACCAGCGAAGGACCCCUUUGCCGACAAGCUGGCCGAACUAGAGCGUGGGACCGCGCCUUGA